UCAUCCAUCCGUCGACCAUUUAGGAUUUUAGCGAAAAAUCCUAAUUUUAUUACCGUAUUAAGUAAAAAUUGAUUAAGUGCCUACUUAAGGCGUCACAUUAAUUGUCGCUGUAUAAAAGUAUUUUGUCAUAAGUGUGUGUAUAGUGCCUUUUAUAACUCUGAACUCCCAAAUGAUAUUUUAAUUCCAUGCGUGGGAUGUUUACAAUUUUUUCGUAAUUUCCAUUACAUUUCUAAGCAGUAGGCGACCUAUAUGAUGUGUUACAUCGAUUACAAGGAGGCGAUGUCAGCAACAAAAGUUCAUCAAGUGUAACUAACAGAGAGUGCAGUUAAAUAUUUCGUGUACACCGUGAAAAGUACCAUGUCAGGUACAGAGCAGAAUAUAGUGAACUCUAUGCAACAACUCUCUGUUCAACCAAGCAACAGUGGUCAUACAGAGAAGCCCACGCAAGUAGUCACGCCAGCUGUCAACAGGAGUCAGUCUGUUGCUAGCAAAGUUACAUCUGUAAAGGUCAACAGUGUAUCCCCUGCUAUUGCGACUAUUGAUAGACUUUUAAGCUUGGGUGCCAGCAUUCCUCCACCACCUCCUGUGAUCACAAGGUCUUCAGACAUGGACCCUCACACCCUCGAACAAUUGCGCGCUGUCAAAGAAAUGUUGACAGCCCAAGAAGAAGAAGCUCAAGGCUUGAGGGACCUAAACAGAGACUUGCGUGAGCGUUUAGAACAUUGUGAAACAAAAAUAAAAAAGCUGAAUGAACAGAAUGAUGAAUAUGCUGAAAAAGAGAAGGUGCUGUCACAUCGUGUGGCUGAAAAGGUUAGGAAUAACAAACAAAUGAGUGUUGUUAUGGAGGAGUAUGAGCGCACCAUAUCCUCACUAAUAGGGGAAAGGGAAACUGAGGCUAAGAGGUGGGCAGAGGAACGUGCCACUCUGCUACGGGAGCGAGAUGAGGCUGCAGCACAUUUAGCUUCUAUGGAGCAUGCUUUCAACGAUGUUCAUACCAAAUAUGAAAGGUGUAAAGUAAUUAUUCAAGGGUACAAAGGCAAUGAGGAGAUGUUGAAACGCACAGUUGAGGAAAACAAUGAUGCAAUACAAAAACUGGAGGCAAGAUAUGAGACAUUACGUCAACAUGCUAUGCAACAAUUAAACAAAGCUAAUGCUGAACUAGAUUCGGUCAAAAAGUCUCAUCAGGCGGAAAUUCUGAAGCUUAAUGCAAUGCUUAAAAAGAGUGAGGUACAUGCAUCAUCUUUACAGGAAUCAUUGGCACAGAAAAUCAAAGAUAAUGAGGAACUCACAGCAAUCUGUGAUGAGUUGAUAAACAAAGUGGGUUGAUUAAGGAUAACUAUGGUUUCUAAUAUUGACUAUACUCAAUAUCAUUAUCAUUUAACUAAUUAACAUAUAGAUUUAAAAAAAACAACAUUAGAGUACAUUAAUAAAUAAAUAAUCACUCAGUCUCUAAUGUUAACGAUUAUAAAAAACACGCAAAUUAAAACAAGCAGAGCUGUUACCAUUUUGAAAAAAAAAUGCAUGAGUAAUGCAUAUCCAUUAUUAUUUAUAGUUUUGUGCAAUCAGUAAGUAAUAUUUUUUUAUUUUUGUACACUUUAAAAUGUUAACUUUAUUUAGAAUUUAAGUUUUUACCUUAUGACGUUUUUAUUUAUAUAUUAAAAUGAAUUGUGUCAUAUCUCAUACAGCAAUAAAAUCACUCAGUGCUUUGCGUUCAUCUUAUGGUUCUUUCACAUUGGUGCUAAUUCAGGUAACAUAUAGACACACACAUUUUUAUAUUGAUCUCUUUAAAAUGGCCUUGUUUUUUCACAGUGUUCUCUGUUCAAAACAAUGGAUUAUUUUUGAACCUGUCAAUUUUGUUUAGAGAUUUGUGUUCAAACUACAAAAAAAUAGCACCAUUAUCAUAAUUUAUAAGAGAAUAUCACUUGUCUAUGAAAAAAAUUUCUCAGCUAGAUUUAGACAGUAAGGAAUAAUGAAACACUCUUAUACUAUUGGCCAAAAGGUGUACAGUUUUAGCAAGACACAUCCGAUGCAUCCACCUCAAUGUAAUAAUAGCAUCAAAUGUAUCCUAUUAUCAUUGGUAUUAUAGGGAGACCAUUUGGUGAUAUUUUAGUUACACACAUUUUUGUCUGUUAGUUAUAGGCCUUGCCCAGCUUAAACAUUUGUGUAAUUAGCAAAAUGGCCUUAUUGUAAAUAUUUUUUGUAUUCCAUAGCCAAGUGAUAAUGUCUUAUGUGAAUUAAGAAGUUUAAUGUGAAUGAAUCUUGACACCUUAGUAGCUUUUCAUAUUUUCAUUUAUUUAUAUAAGAAAGGAAGCAACUGACAAUUUUUUUUGCUUCUCAUAUAGGAAUUGUAACAAAUUCAUUUCCAAAGAUUUAUUUAAGAAUGUGCUCACAAAAAAUAAGGUGGUGCAAAGCAUUCAGGGAUAUGUAAGGGUGCAUUCAGGAAGAUUUAUAUCUUAAGCUCUCCUAAAGUGAAUCAUAAUUAAUGAAUGAUAGCAAUUUUAUCACAAUCUUAAUGAUUCAAAACAGCAUCGAAAAUUAAAACAAUAGUGAAUUGUCUAAUUUUGCUCUAAGGUUAUGAAACAAUAUUCAGGCCUGUCAAUUCAUGAUUGGUAAUAGUUUGAGAAUGUUAUUUUGGCAGCCAACAGUAAAAACUUUAUCUGAAAUUGAACAAUUGAUUGAGUUCAAUCAUGACAUUAUUUCUAAAGAAAUAUUAUUAUUUAAAGGAUUCUGUUAUUAUAGACUUCCCCUUUCUGUACUUAAAGACCAGUAAUUUUAUUUAAAAAAUCAAUAGUUUAGGAUCUAAGAACUAAAGAAACCUAACAUUUAUAAUUAAAAGCUAGAAAUAUGUCAGUUUUUAAGUAAAUCUCCAAAAAUAAACGUUAACUGCAUAAUAAACAUUCUGUUUUGAAGAAAUUGAAUGAAAGAUAAAUUGCUACAUACGUGUAUGUCUAAACAUAAUGCUAUUAUUUUCCACAAAGAACUGAAAAGAAGGGCACUAAAUUCAGACCUGUUGUUUGUCAUCUUAGUUUAGCUUUUCUGUGAUACUUCUUCAACAGAUUUGGCAACAGGGAAUACUAUCCUUUUUUCACAGUUUUUGUUUUUUAAAAAAAGACGCCGCCUUGGAUUCGUAUCCUGCGCUGCCAAAAUUACAAGACAUAAAACCCGCCGCUCAUUGUGAAUUUUUCGCUGUCGUUUCCAUUGUUAUAUGUCACUGGGCUAUAAAACCCGCUCUUUCCUCAGUUUGGGAACUGUCGAUGUCGUCGAGCCCUGGGGUUCUUCUCAUGUCGAGCUCUCGCGCUCGCCCCACUCCCCCGGUGACUUCGUAGCAACCCCUCAGGUUGUUAGCGGCAAGUGUCCUUCCGAAAAAGUAAAAGAUGGAAUUCAAAGAAUUUUCCGCUAUUUGUCGCCGCGCGACCCGCGCACCCUAGAGUCGUCGGUUGCUGGAACUAUGGGUCGCUGUCAUUUGAUACAUCUUCAUAGCAUUCCACUUGCGACAAUAAUUCACGACGGCAAAAAGUCACAAUGACCUAAGGCCCUAACAUUCAGAAACUCUUACAACCCUAGCUGCCAUAUACAUAUUAUGUCAUUGAAUAAAAAUUUUGUAUUAAUGUAUAGUAAUAAUUAUUAUAGUGUAAGAGUAGUUGUUAUUUUUGUGCUUUGUAUUUUAUUAUUAACCUUAUUAACUAUUAUAUUUUGUGUUAUAAUCAUUUUAAGUUGAAGUAUUUUAUAGUUAUAUACAGCAUCUCCAGAAUAGAAGUGAUAUUAUUAAAAGAUUCGGUUUGCAAAAAAAUUAUGAUUAGCAACUUUUGGAAGUCGAAAUGAGUAUGAAUGUAUUGGACGAAACAUACCAAAAUGUAUAAUUUAAAAUUCAGUGCUUUUAGAUCACUUUUAUACUGAAGGUGGAGGUAGAAAAAAAUAAUCCAGGCUCCAAAAUUCGCUUGUUUUUUUUAUUGAUCUAGUCUUUAAAGCUAAUUUCCGGAAAUUUUCAUUAUGCUUUGCUUAUGAGAUUACGAACUCAAAAUAGAUUUAUAAAAUGUGUAUUAAUAUUUAGUGAAAUUAGUGUUUAAAUGCCGCUUGGUUAAAUUCACUACACACCAUAGCCAGAACACGAUUGCAAUGGGCCUAAAGUAGACAAAUAUAUUCUAAAAGAAUUCUGUUCCUAUUUCAUAGAAUCUCCAUCUCAGUAAGAUGAAGGUAUACUAAAAAAAAAAAAAAAUUUGAGACUAUGCGCGUACGAACCGAUUGUCAAGGUUAAAGUCAAACACUAAAACGCAGUCGAUGUUUUACCAUUGCAGGAUUAAAUUGAUCGCGUGCCUGCAGCAAAGCGAAAACUAUAAGACUGGCGAUCAUUGAAGUGAAGGGUGAUGGGCACUGAAGGGCAAGACCAUUGUGAUCUUAUCACCCUUUAUUUCAUAAAUUUAUAAAGAAAAUUAGUCAUGAUAUUAUUUAGUAAGGUUCCCGGAGUUUUUCGCCGCCUCAUUUUUCUCGAUAUAACCAGUAUUAAUUAUUAAAGGAUAAUUUUCAUAAAAUGAUAAAACUUUUGAUUGCUACAUAUGGGUAGUGUGCUUAAUUAAAUACGGGUGCAUAAGCAAUAUACUUAACUCUUGUUGCAAGACUCAAAUGACUGGUAGAUAUGCCUCAUGGUAUUUUUAGUGGUUUCUUAACAUAAAAUCCCCUUAGCCUUGCGGUAUACGGACAUUGUGGAUUUCCAGUAUUCCAUUUUGUGCAUUUCUGGCUUUAAAACGAAGUUCACAUACAACUCGAUGCGGGCGUGUGGUGGGCACCGCAAUAGGUAAUUAGGUAUUAAUUUACUAUUGAUACUGAGCGCUUGCCAAUGCGCUUUCUCCAAAAUUAUACACGUACUAAGACGACUAAGUUGAUGUGUGUCUUUAAACUCUCAUGUUUCAAUGUUUCUAUUUCAUCUUGUUUAAUCGUAUUGAUAAGUCAUGAGUCAGUUUAGCACUAUGUUACGCUUAAAAGCAAUAGGUAUAAGCCUUUAUCGCGAUCAAAAACCUUGGGAGCUUAGAGACUAGCUGACUGCACCUCAGGUUAUUCCAUAAAAUGAACUAGGAUCAGUUUCAUAAGACUGAAAACUUGUCAAAUUAUACUAUUGAUGAACACGAAAAGCUCUGCCUGGAAGUCUGCUCUGGAAGCUGGAAACUCUGGCUGGAGUCCAAUCGAUAUCGACAGAACGAAAUCCGAUUAAUUAUUAUUAUUUUAACGAAAGGAUAAAGGAUACUACAUAUACCCGUAUCCAAAUAAUAAUAAUUCAUAUAAAUAUCCAACCGAUUAUAAUAUAUUAUAGUAUCGUAAGUUAUGUUCAACAUCUAUCCAUAUAAAUAAAUUAGAUUCAAUUUUCUUUCUCAAAUCUUUGCUUUAAAAUAAAUUUAUUAUGAAAAGAUCAUUGUGGCCUUUUAGUAGCGCGAUACAAAAAUUGUCGCAACUAACAAGCAGCUCUCUUAUCGCGCGACAUUUUCUUCCUAAUUUAAAAGAAACUAAGGACACAGCGUCUUUUCUUCGCUCAGACGAUGUACAUUAACGACCUUUAAGCGGGAUUUAGUCAUAGCUAGUAAAACUUUGUACACGUUGUAUGUACGUCGCGAAAUAUUGGCACAAACGUCGAUACAGGUGGGAUGUGUUCAUGUAUUUGUACUGAAGCAUCAUGUUCAUGAAAUGUACGUUGCUGCGACGCUGUUUUUAUAGCAUUUCACUCGCGACUUUUAAUUGUGCUUUCACAAGAAAAAAGUCGCGCUGUUAAACGACUGUAUCGUGUUCGCAGCGCGUUUCAGUUUAGUUUAUCGCGCUGUUUCGCGCAGAAAAAGUUGCGCGCAAGUGUUCUUAAACUUAUAAUGGCCGGUUUUAUACUAACUUAAUUGUAUUUAAUUAUUAUACGGCUGAAUCGCUCGCAACUCGGUCACGUGCCCGCCUAGGCUAAUAAAAUAUCUAAUAUUGUGUUACUGUAAUAGAUUGUUUUCCUUGUAUAGUGUGUGUGCCUUUAUGAAAAUAAAAACUCAGCAUCCAUCCAGUCCAAUGUAACAAUACAUUACGAAAUGUUCUUGAAAGUUUUAAAGUGAAUUAAAUAUGUGAUAGUCUAAGAGCUGGUGAAGGGAUUGUUCAGUAAUUUAUGCAAAACAAAGUUACUAUUGAUAGUCUAAUAUGAAGGGUUUACUGGGUUGAUACAUUAAUUUAAAUAGACAUUGAAUAACAAGUUACAAUAGGAUUUACGAUGUAACUAUAAAUUUGUAGGCACUUAUGUACACGUGUGUAGUAAACAUUUUUAACGAAUCGUUCACCAAUUCUUGGAUUAUAACUAUAGUCCUGUCCAAGUUAUUGUGGUUAGUAGUUUAAUUAUUAGAAUUAACUUUCUUCACGACGCAAAAGUAUUACUGCUUGUAAUAUUAU